AUGCCCGCCCACAAGUCGUUUAUGAUCAAGAAAAAGCUAGCCCGCAAGGCUCGGCAAAACCGCCAGGUUCCCAACUGGUUCCGGAUGAAGGUUGACACCAAGAUCCGCUACAACAACAAGCGCCGCCACUGGCGUCGUACGAAGCUUGGCUUCUAA